GGGAUUAUAUAUGUUAUUUAACAUUCAUUGGCGUGAUGCUCGUCUCACGACAGCCGUCAACUGCUGCACUUGCUCGCUGCGCAGUUAAACCGCAGCUCCAGAUAGAUUACCGUGUAAACACACCCUUGUCGCUGAUUGGUGGAGAGGUUUUAGCGCGGCGUGUCGCAGCCAAUCAGAGGAUUGUUUUUCUGUCACGUCGGUGGACGGAUAGUAAGCUAACGGAUAUUAAAAAAAAAUAAACCAAAAUAAAGAACGCGGGUUUUUCCUAAAGGCUGUGUAGUACGUGGAGGGUUGUUUGCGUGGACCGAGCUUUUCUUCUUGGGGUCUUGUGUGUGAAAAUGUGGCGCGGCCAUCAUUGCGAGGACACACGACUUGGGUAAUGUAAGCUAACUAACGUUAGCAAUAGCCUGCUAAUUUUUAACGUCCUGCAAGGCCGCGGAGCGCUACGAGAGCAGCUUCCUGUUCUAGCUCCAUCGAGGAUGUAGGUUACAUUACGAUACGAGUUACAAAAUCAAAGAGGUUAUCUAAGUAACUGGCUCAAUCGUGCAAUCGAUUGCAUUUAAGUUUGUUUUAGAUUUGCUUGCGAGCUACCUAGCUUGUUAGCUAUUUGGCUAGGUAGCUAGCAUGAGUGAACUGACUGGCUGUAAACAGUCCGCUGACUCUGCAUCGAGGAAACGGUGUCCAUCACCCGACCACGAUGAGGGCAGCACGAUCCCUAGCAAGUCCACAAAAGUAAGCGAUGCAUCAAAUGAAGCGGGGGUUACGUCGGAAAGUUGCAAAAACAGUGAAGCCGAGAGUAAAGACAUAGCCGGGAGCGAGGGCCAGUCUAAAGAUAGUGUGGGGAAACCAGGUGCCGUGCAAGCGGGACAGGGUUCAGACAGCACGGAUGGCACCAGUGCACCGCCUGUCAACAACUCUGACGGCCACGAUGCCAGCAUCACAGAAAAGCCACAAUCCUCAAGUGCACAUGGAUCUGCAGAUGCAAAGGAAGACACAGGGAAGACUGCAGGGACAAAGCAGCGUCCCUCGGCUUCAUCUCUAGGCCAGACCGACUCAGCAGCCAUAGCAGCUGCUGAAGCUCUUGCCAGUCUCACAGGAGGAGACGGGGAGGACAGUCGAGAGACACCUUGCUCAUCUGAAAAGGCUAAACAGGUGAAACAGGGGAGCAAAUUCAAACAACGUGGGGGCCACCAGUCCUCAAGAACGGGCUCUAAAACGCAGGCGGCUGCUGCAGAUAGCUCCACAUCUGUGCACAGUACUGACAGAGAAGAUGCAGAUGAGAUGCCAGAAGCAGAUGAAGGUGAUGAAUCCAUAUCUGGAUCUUCCUCCACUCCCAGCUCUUCUUUCCCAUCAGACAAUGAGGACAAUGAUGAUGGGGAGUGUGCUAUUGUGUCAGUAAAGAUGGCCCCGGAGAUGAGACAGUCAGUGGCCCUCCUGGCACAGGUUCAGAUGAGACUGGAAGCUCUUGAGAAGAAAAGCGCCCGUCUUCACCAACGGCUGGAGCUGAAGAUCAGUCGUCAGCGGCGCCCACAUCUGGAUCAGCGUAGCUCCAUCACAAAAACCAUCCCCGGCUUCUGGGUCACUGCUCUGUUGAACCAUCCUCAUCUCUCAGCUCACAUUGACGAAACUGAUGAAGAUGCUCUCAGUUACAUGACUGAUCUUGAGAUGGAGACCUUCAAAAAUAAUAAACUGGGCUACAGGAUCCGCUUCCACUUCAGACGAAACCCGUACUUCCAGAACAACAUCAUCAUGAAGGAGCUGCACCUUGGCAUGGGAGGAUCUCCCAUGUCGUUUUCCAACCCCAUCCUGUGGCAUCGUGGACAGAACCUGACUGCCCGCAGCGAACCCAGGAAGUCAUCACGUGGCGUCUACCAGACAUUUUUCAGCUGGUUCAGUGACCACAGCAACCCAGGACAAGAUGAUGUAGCACAGAUACUUAAGGAUGACCUGUACAGAGACCCUCUGAGAUACUACCUCACUCCACUCUGGGAACCGAGGGAGAACGGCAGUGGUGGCAGCGGGGCCAGAGCAGCUGACAACGGUAAUGGAGACGACUGCGUGGUGAUCUCCGACUCAGACGAUGAGCCCGGUGACGAGGCUGGUGAGGCUGAGCAAGGCCACAGCAGGGAGGAGGAAGAGGAUGAUGAAGAAGAAGAGGAGGAAGAGGAAGAAGAGGAGGAGAGGGGACCCAGUGCUGAUGAGAGUCCAGAGGAGGAGGAUGAUGGUGGAGAAAUAGUGAUUGACGGUAAGACCACUAUCACAACAAACAAUCAGUGGGGUGGUUGGAAACCUGUGGGGUGACUGUUCAUCUUGUUUUUCUCACUUUUCUACUUCUUAAUUAUGCUGUUUUUUUUAUUUUAUAAUGUGACUUUGCUCUGCUUUAAUGCUAAAUAAAGAGUUUGGGGUGUCAUUGCCAUAUUUCACAUCUGCAAGAAAGCCUUUGAAAUGAUAACCGUCUCCCUUUUAUCCUGUAGGCUCUGAUGACAGUGAACAGGAAGAGGAGGAGGCCUGAGAAGACGCGACGAGGAAGAAGAGGCCGAUGAAGAAGGAGAGUCAUCAAGGGACCAGAGACGAGGAAGAUGAAGAGAACCAGAGCAAUGUCAUUUUUAUGCACAGAAUAUCAGUUUUUGUUGUUUUAUACCUAAAAACCCAUAGGAGCAUUUUAAAUCAGGGUUAACUAUAAUAAAGCCAAGGCAGCAUGGUUUCCCCUCUAUUUUAUACAGUCGGUUACUGUGUAUUCUAAUUCACUUUUUGCAAAAUGUUUUUUUCUAAACCGGUUCUUAGGCAUGUUAUGCCAGUCAGUUCAUACAAGUAGAGUUCUUCUAUUUAAUGAGGAGCAUCGUAUAAACGCCUGCGCACAUGUAGGUGAGAUAUUGUUUGCCACUACUGGUCGGCAUGAAAUUGAGCAAAUUCAUCAUUCAUAUUAAAGUGGCAUUAUUUAGUGGUCAUUUUAAGGCAAAGUUUUGGCUGUUUUUAGAAUUGAUGUGACAAGACAAACAAGCUAAAUUGACAAUAAUGACAGUACAUUUCAGAUGAACGGAGUACUGAACCAAAAUUAGUUCUCAGGGAUGAUCAUGAUGGUAGUUUUAUCAAACGAACGAUACCGAUUUUCAGAUAUUUACACUCUGGUUAUUGUUGGCUGUGUAUAAGGAAACGUGUACUCUACUGUAGUAAAUAGGAACAAAUAUUGUUUUAAUAUGCUACCUGUUUUUCCUUCUUCAUCUAUAUGUUCAGUCUUGUUACACACCAACCUCCACCCCUGCUAACAAUCUGUAAAUCAUCUCUGAUGUUUGAAAUCAUGUCGUAGUUUGACCAACGUUUCUGUGGAUUCCUAUGUUUUAUAACACGCUCCUACAAUAAAUAGCUGAGUUUUGUAUUUUUUCUUUCCUUAGAAUUUAAUUUAAUUUGCUUUCUAAAUACAUUUCAGAUUUGUUUUCAUGUAAUGUGUUUUAAGGACUUCAUUUUAAAAAGUAUUUAUUACUUUCUUUUUUUCUACACGUCCACGUUAUGGCAUGCCUGUGAGCAUGAAAUAUAAGAGGAUGAUUACAUCACCUACAAGGCUUUUUCUGUGCACAGUGUCAGUAAAUGUCGUUCAUUUCACAGCAACACGAUGGGGCGCACUGUAACAAAACUAGUAUUUGUAUUUGCUUACUUUUCUUAGCAAUGACCUGUAAAUACUAUUUCAGCAUUGUCUUUUGGAUAAGACAUGUACACGUGUUUAAUCCAUGGAUAAAUUUAUCAAAUAAUCUGGAGUUUUUUCAUAAACAUGAUCAGAAAGUUAUAUUUUGGUGUGCUGUGUUUUAUAGAACACUGUAGUUUAAAGAUACCUACUUGUUUGUUGCUUUGGUUAAUUAUGUUUGCUUUAAGAUAAAUGUCCACCUUUUGACUCAGACCUAAUAAAAUAGGCAG